UUGGUUGUCCCUGAGCCAUAUAAACUGCUUUGUUACCCUGCCCAACUGACAGGGACAUAGCAUCCCUUUAAAACCCCAUGGUGACUGUUUGACUGGAAUGGUAAAGAAAUAAUUUUUUAUACUGUACAGGACUGGCUGAAAUCGCUGGCUUAGGAAUUAAAUGUGUUGUUUUGUUAUACGAGGAACCAGGAGGGCUAUUACUUUUUCACAGCUGUAUUAUGCAUGUAGGAAGUAAGGCCUCACCUUUCUAGGAAUACAUGUCUUUACAAUGUUUCAUGUAAAACAGGCACUUGCGUGGCACAGCACUAAAACAUUCUCGCCCACCAGAGCUGACAUCUCAACUCUGCUACUGGCAGGCCGGGCACCAAUACGGACAAUGAUUGGCUUGUCCGAGAGGAUUACUAAUAACUGCUUUGGUUAUGACCUUUGCUGGCACAAUGAGACAGGAGAUAAUGGAGAGCAGUGCGUGAUACAGAUCUUCAUAUGGAAAAGACUCACACAGUUUUGGCCAAGUAUGAAAACCAGAUCAACGUGUUCUCUGAAUUCCUAGAAGACUUACCAGAUACAGAUGAACCGGUGUGGAUACUGGGGCAAUGUUACAGUGUUAAAACAGAAAAGUCUGAACUUCUCAAUGAUGUGCAUUCCCGGCUGUGGUUCACAUACAGGAAAAAGUUUUGCCCUAUAGGAGGAACAGGCCCGUCGUCAGACACAGGCUGGGGCUGCAUGCUGCGCUGCGGGCAGAUGAUACUGGCACAGGCCCUAAUUUGCAGUCACCUAGGAAGAGAAUGGCGGUGGGAAUGCGAGGGACGUCAGCCAGCAGAGUAUCAGCGCACCCUUCAAUGCUUUCUGGACAGAAAAGAUAGCUGUUAUUCAAUUCAUCAAAUGGCUCAGAUGGGAGUGGGUGAGGGCAAAUCUGUUGGAGAAUGGUAUGGUCCGAACACAGUGGCACAAGUCUUAAAGAAGCUUGCCUUGUUUGAUGACUGGAAUUCCUUAGCUGUAUAUGUGUCAAUGGAUAACACAGUGGUGAUUGAAGAUAUAAAGAAGCAAUGCAAACAGGCACACCAGGCAGCACAGCCCAAAGAAGUUUCCUCAUCGGCCGAGUCUUCAUCAGGGCACAGGUUGGCAGAAGACGUAGGGCUGUGCCAGGCUCAGAGCCCACUGUCUCUUUUACAUGUCCAGCAUUCCCAGCAAUCCCAGGACUGGAGACCCCUGCUGCUGCUUAUUCCACUCCGGAUGGGCAUCAACAACAUCAACCCUGUCUACAUCCAGGCCCUUAAGGAGUGUUUCAAGAUGCCUCAGUCCUGUGGAGUACUAGGGGGAAAGCCUAACCUAGCUUAUUAUUUUAUUGGAUUCAUAGAUGAUGAGCUGAUCUAUUUGGACCCUCACACCACUCAGUCAGCUGUGGACUCAGAGACAGGUUGCAUCAUAGAUGAUCAGAGUUACCACUGCCAAAGAAGCCCACAUCGCAUGAAAAUCACCAGCCUGGACCCAUCGGUAGCACUGGGCUUUUUCUGCAAGAGUGAGGAAGACUUUAACAGCUGGUGCAAUCAGGUCCAGCAGGAGAUCCUGAAGAAACGAAACUUACGGAUGUUUGAGCUGGUGGAGAAGCAUCCAUCUCACUGGCCACCGUUCGUUCCUCCGACUAAACCUGAGGUGCAGACCACAGGUGCAGGUUCACAGUGGGUCCAAGCAGGAAUACCUAAACAAGAAUGGAAAUCAGUCAUAGGGCAUCUUACACGCUCACUCAGCAAAAGAGGCAAUGUAGCUUUUUUAUAAAAGACCUAGCUAUGGUAGUAACAACUGACACCUAUUCUUUAGCAGCAUUUGAGCUGAUUGGCUAGUUGACCUGAUGCCAUUCUACCUACUUGCUGCCAGCAUGUUAGCUAUGUGCUUACAAAAAUUGCAAGCAUUGCAACUGAGGGGCAGUUGUAGCCUAGUGGUUAAGAUACUGGACUAGUAAGCAGAAGGUUGCUGGCUCAAACCCCACCACUGCCAGGUUGCCACUGUUGAGCAAGACCCUUAACCCUCAAUCACUUAGACUGUAUGCUGUAAGUCGCUUUGGAUAAAACUGUCUACUAAAUGAUGAAAAUGUAAAUAUGUGCUAACAUUACCUGCAUAUAGUUACAUUAAAAAAACCUGAUUCCAAGCUGGAUUUGUUAUCUGUAGGUCUUGUGGAAUAAAAUAAGUCUGUAAGCAUUUUCUUAUUGUUAAUUGUUUUGGAUAAAGUAAACAGUCAGGCUCAUGUACAGAUCUGCAUAUGCAGAAUAUUGUUAAAUGCAUUUCCCCCCAAUUUUCCCCCAAUCUAGUAGUAUCCAAUUACCCGAUCACAUUUCACUUUCAACUGCUGCUGCCCUCUCUGACACGUACAGCAGCCAACUGCUUCUUUUUACCUCCAUGGAGUUCAAAUAGGCAUCAGUAUUGCGUUCUCAAUGCAAUAAUCUAGUACAAUAAUACAAUAGUAGUCAGACAAUAAUCUCCAUUGUUCCACCUGUGUCUGUGCAGGUGCCUCAAUAAUGAAACCUUUACAGUCUAUUAGAAAUUUUGUAAUUUUGAGAUGAGGCUACUUGAUUAUCACAACAAUGACUAAACUAACAUUUGGGUGCAUGUCAGUGAUAAAAAAAAAUGUUUUGUUCUGAUGCAUGGUCAGAAUUUUGGCAAUUGGAGAUUUUGCUAACUGACAGCCUAAUUUAGGAUGGAUCUUCAAAAAGUUUCCGCACUUUUAGAUUUUCGUUGGAAACGGUGUGGGAGGAGUAGUGAUUGGUCGUGUCUGAGAGUCUGAGAGAGAGCUUAUUGUCUGGAUUUAGUACCAUCUGAUUUCCACCUUUUUGGACGCUCAAACAAGCUUUAAGGAGAAGAAGAUUCUCAUGUGAUGAUGAUGUGAAA